AUGUGCGGUGGCAGUCUUUGCCCCAGCGGGUCACCUGCUUCCUCAGCGGGUCCCGCAGCGCCGGACAGCACAGUGGGAUCCCAAAACAAAGGCGGUGGGCCCCCGGGGCCAGCACCCCCGGCUCAGUCUUCCGUCCAGGACUCUGUCGUCGUCCCCGAGCGCGAAGAUAUGCCGGAGUUUGUGGUGACGGCGCUGUUGGCGCCCUCACGCCUCUCGUUGAAGUUGCUGCGAGCUUUAGUGAUGAGCCUGGUGUAUUUGGCUGCCUUGGUGGCCGCGGUCGUCUACAGCUGCGUCGCGCUCACCAACGUGCUGUGCCGCCCCCGCCGGGGCUGUUGCGGCCGCCAGCGGUUGUCGGCGCCGGACUGCCUAAGAGACCCCACGCUGGGCCAGCACUUCUUUCUGACCCUUAGGAGUUCGGGUCUGCGGCUUCACUAUGUCUCUGCUGGUCGUGGCAACGGGCCCCUCAUGCUGUUUCUGCAUGGCUUCCCAGAGAACUGGUUCUCCUGGCGCCACCAGCUUCGGGAGUUUCAGAGCCGUUUCCAUGUGGUAGCUGUUGACCUGCGUGGUUAUGGCCCCUCUGACGCUCCAAAGGAUGUGGAUUGUUAUACUAUUGACCUGCUAUUGGCUGAUAUCAAGGAUGUCAUUCUAGGCCUGGGGUACUCCAAGUGCAUCCUUGUGAGCCAUGACUGGGGGGCUGUCCUUGCCUGGAAUUUCUCCAUCUACUUCCCGUCUCUAGUGGAGCGGAUGGUUGUGGUCAGUGGACCUCCUAUGUCGGUGUUCCAAGAAUACUCAACCCGUCACAUUGGCCAGUUAUUCCGAUCAAACUACAUGUUCCUGUUCCAGCUCCCCUGGCUGCCAGAGACGCUAUUAUCUUUGUCCGACUUCCAGAUUCUAAAAGCCGUUUUCACCGACCGCAAGACGGGCAUCCCACGUCUCACCCCUUGUGAACUCGAAGCAUUCCUUUAUCACUUCUCACAACCUGGAGGCCUCACGGGGCCCAUCAACUACUAUCGGAACUUGUUCAGGAACUUCCCCCUGGAGCCCCAAGAACUGUCCACGCCCACACUGCUGCUGUGGGGGGAGAAAGACCACACCUUACAGCAGGGGCUUGUGGGAGCCAUUGGUAGUCGCUUUGUGCCGGGUCGGCUGGAAAGCCACAUCCUGCCAGGCAGCGGGCAUUGGAUUCCACAGACCCAUCCUCAGGAGAUGCAUCAGUACAUGUGGGCCUUCUUGCAAGACCUGCUGGACGAGUAGCCCCUGCUCCCCAGCCCAACAGAUACAUGAUACAUGCGGGAUCACGUACCCACGUCCUUGUGUGCCUUGAGAGUCUGUGCGGUGUGUGCACAGAAUGGACUCCCAGCUCACCCACAGCAAAUGGCUCCUGCGUUGCACACAAAAGGCAACUAUGGGUGCCCUGCCUCACACAUAGCAUAGGUGUUUGUUUGCAUGUGUGGGAAACCACUUGGACUCUGGCAGCCAGGAAUGCUUCUCCCUUAUGGAGUUAGGUGAUGGGACUCGCCUUUCCAAAGUGUUCCUUCCUCAGUCGCUUCACAAACCACACAUUCUAACCUUUCUACCCGGUUCUCCACCUCCAGUCUGCAGCUUAGGGCUCGUUCAAUAGUGCAUGCAAUUUAUUUCUUUUUGUUUUUGGAGACAGAAUUUCUCUGUUUAGCCCUGGCUGUCCAGGAACUCACUUUGUAGAGCAGGCUGAUCUUGAACUCAAACAUUUUCCUGCCUCUGCCUCUAGAGUGCUGGGAUAUUUUCCUGCCUCUGCCUCUAGAGUGCUGGGAUUAAAGGCAUGCACCGUCACCACUGGCUGCAUCCAAUUUCUUCCUAACCUACAGGGAUACUUCAAUUUAAAUGUUAAUUAGCAAAAAGGAAGUUUCAUUUGCUAUGAAAAAUACAGUGUCUCUGGGAAGGUGACUUAGGGGUUAAGAGUAUUUGUUGCUCUUGUGGAGGAUAUGAAUUCAGUUCUUAGCACUCAUAUAUGGGGUUUCACAACCAUCUGUAAAGGCAUGUCCAAGGGAUCUGAUACCCUCUUCUGGCAUCCCUGAGCCACAGGCAUGCACAUGGUGCACAUACAUACAUUCAAGCGAAACACUCAUACACAUAAAAAAAAAUUCAAUGAAGAAAAAAAUUUUUUAUUCAGGACAGGGUUUCUCUGUGAAGCCUCCACUGUCCUAGAACUCACUCUGUAGACCAGGCUGGCCUCGAACUCACAGACACCCACCUGCCUCUGCCUCCUGAGUGCUGGGACUAAAGGCGUGUGCCACUGCUGCCCAGCAAGAAAUACACUGUAUUUUAAAAAUACAGUGCCUUGGUCAAAACAACUGUGUUUUAAGUGCCAAAUCACCUAAAGCACAGAACGUUGUAUCAGACUCUUUCAGUGAUGGUAUUACCGCUUUAAGAAAGAUGUCCCAGGGGCUGGA